AUGCUUGAUUCGUUAACAGCCGCCGCGUUAACGUCUGAAAUUGGAGCCGAAUUCGACAUUAACGCGGAUUCUGAUGAGGACUCGGCCAGCGAUCAUAUGGAACAGCCUGCGCGUCUCAUACGUAACGCCUCCUCGUGUUAUUACGCGAAUUCAGAUGAGGGUAUUAACGUUGACGCUAACGAGGCUGACCCAGCGGUCAUUCCGCCGCCGCGGAAUUCGAGUCUGACAGAGACGAUCGCGUCUGCUGAUAAUGAUGAGGCCGAGUCAGCAUUCGCCACCGUGGCAGAGGACACGUCAGCUCUCACGUCGAACCCAUUCCCGACCGUCUCCGCUUUCAGCCGCCACCAACGGCGCGAAUUCCACAUGCGCAUGGCGCUAUCGCGGAUCCAGCGGCGCGUGCACGCAUGCUGCGGGAAGAUGCGCGGCGGAGCGUGGAACAAGUCCAACAGAGCGACGCGUGGAGGGUGGGAGAGCAAGGGAAGACGCUACGGCGCUUUGUCGCAGGAUCACGGGCCUUGUGGGGGAAUUUCGAGGGCGCAGCUGGCUCAGAAGAAGCGGCUAGGCGGCUUGGGACGAGCCAUGUACCCACGUGUUCAAAGGAGCAAGAGAGAUGGAACUCGGGGACUGCCACCGCACCAGGGAUUCUCAGGUGGCUCUUCAGGUGAACCUUCAGGUGAAUUCUGGGAGAGGGAGUCUGCAGAGGUGAGAAUCAAGGCCGCUUUUGCGGUGAAAGCUGGAUCGGACGAGGGCGGGAAAACGGGGAUGAGGGAGGAGGGAUGGGUGAUGGGGAAGAGUGCGGCCCUUCGGUCCAUACUAGGCCAUGGGUCGUUGGUUCGGGAGGUGGAUCGGUGCAAGAUGUGCCGAGUCUGGGUCGAGCGAAUCAGCCUCGGCGACUGUGCUGAAGAGUCUACGUACGGUGCUGAUGUGUGCGCUGCCUUGGAUCAUGGCUAUGGCGUCACCAAUGACAUCAGCCAUCCGGCGUCAGAGCACGGGCGGACUGGGAUUCACACUGCUACGGAAACUGCCACUGCCGCUGCUAGAAGUGAGUCUCAACAGCAUGGUGGCGGCUUAAGUGUUGCGGGAGAGGGUUUGAGUAGCAACAUCAGUGUCGCCAGCACAAACGCCAGCGCAAUCAGCAGCGCCCGCAGCACCAGCACUUACAGCACGAGCACUUAUGUAAGCGGCAGCACCGCUGGGGACGCGAUUGGGAGGAGCCUGGCUUUGGGAUGCAGUCUGGCGUUCGGCAGCACGCUGGCGAUCGCUACGAGCUUUUCUUUUGGAGGGAGUCUGGCCAUUGCCAGCAGCAUUGCGUUUGGAAGCAGCCUGGCUGUUGUGAGCAGCUGUGCUGUUGAUGAUAGCACCGGAAGGAGAAGGCGAAGGGAUGGGGUGAAGAAGGCCGGAGGAGAUGCGGAAAAAGGGGGAGCUGAAGAGGGGGAUGGGGAAACUGGGAAGGCAGUGGAAGGGAAGAAAGGGAGCUAUGAAGUAAAGGGAAGAGAGCAGGAGGGGAGUGGAGAUGGUGAUAUAGUAGGCAUGGUUGCUGCUCCUGUGGAAUCAUCCUCUAAUGCUGCUAGAAGCAGCCUCAUGCUCCGCCCAUGGACGCCUGGUUUCCCUCUCCGCUCUGCUACAGUGGAGCACAGUCAGAGGGAAGCUUCCCGAUCCGAUCCUCCGAUGCCGCAUUUCCCAAAUAUACGUCUCUCUGCCCUGCGAAAGAGUUGGAUGAGAGGGGUGGAGAGAGAUGUGAGGAAGGCAAGACAUUCGUGA